GCUCGAAGCGAUCCAACAAUUUACAUGAACCUGUAUCAGCAGCAGCAACGUCUGCAGAACUUCAAUAUCCAGGAUUUGACUGGGUCCACGCACCCAAGUCAGGUACCAUUGCAAGCAGCACCGCUGCCACCAUUUAAUGCAAAUGCCGACUUCUUCAAUGAUAUGCAGCAGAGGGUGGCCACUGAAGACAACGGUGUCACGGUGGGCUCGCUGCCAAAUAUACCGGGACCUGCCACCGCGAUGCCCCCCUGCUCCUACCACCACCAGACAAUUGCACAGCGACACAGCAUGGGUGUAUGCCAAACCCUAGCCACGCCGCCUUCAUUGUCGGAGACGCAAUCGGCGCCGACAAGUCCCGCACAGAGUGUCGAACUGCAGGCGCCAACUUCGUGGCCACAACGAAAUUACUCGAACAGUCCCGAACCGCGGGAAAUUCCGAACAUUGUGUUGACGGGUACAGACGGACAACUGGACUGCUUCCAGGAUUUACAAGACCUACAUUUGGACGCCAACGAGCUGCAGCAAUUGUUAAAUAGUGGUGAGCAUGUUGAUCCUGCAUGUGAAACGCAACUUCUUGAAUAA